AUCGACGGUCCAGACGAAGAGCAGACGGAAGAACCGAGCAGAACCUGGAGGCGGGAGCUGAGGCCGGAGUGUCCCCCCGGUACCAGAACAACGAGUCAACAUGGCGGAGCACCGCGUCCGGAACCGCUGAUCCCAGCGGAUCUGAGACACAGAACCACCUGGUCCCGCAGGGGCGGGUCUGGAUUUGGCUCCCUGUCUCUCCUCUCUCUCUCCUAACCUCCAUCUCUCUUCUCUCCCUUGCUUUCUGGUCCUCCAUCUCCCUCCACUCCCUCUCUCGUGUCCUCCUCUCCUCUUCCGCUCGUCGGUUUUCCUCCCGUCGUCGUUCCUCCUCGUCUCUCUGAUGAAACACAACUGAGUUGAGGAGCACUCGGUUGCCGCGGCAAUGCUGGCUAACUCUGUACCUGGUUCUGGGUCCAGAAGUCGUCCUUGUUGGUCUGCUGGAUCUCCUCCACCGCGUUGACCUUUCGGUACACAGAACCCUGAGAACCCCAGGAGCCAAGAGUUAGCUCUAGGGAGCGAAGCUAACUUUGCUGACUCAUUUGUUCACUUGGUAACACGCUAACUAAUAACUUGCCAGCGCCAACAGAACAAGUAAGUCAAGAAAAACACAACAGCAGCAUGAAGUGAGGCAGCUAAGCGUAGUCACCCCUGAAACAUGCUCUCACCACAGAGCCUCUGGGCGCCUCCCGUCGUUCCUGCGUUUGUUGGUGGAAGUUAAAGUUUGCUCCUGACGCCUUCGCUACUUUAGCAAGGAUCAUCUCCGGCUCCACGUCGUGGAGUCACAAGAGCAUCCAGAGUGGUAACGUUAGCACAGAGCGUGAGCGUGGCUAACUCUAACGUGUGUUCACCAGGGCAGAUUGUUCACAAGUGUCGUGUUCACCAGCGUUGUGUUCACAACCACUGACCUUCAGGAAGUUCCUGAUGGAGCCCAGAUGAUUCGCACAAACUCCUUUUCGUGAGUCUUUUACACCUUCACCUAUCUAAAGACAGCACACGCCAGAGUUUCAGCAUAAACAUGGAGAUGGGUCAGACACCAUGUCAAAGACUCACCCAGUUGAUGAGGACAAACUUGGGCAGACCAGAGUUGGGAUCCUGGACUCGGCAGAAGGCGUACAUGAUCUUCCCACUGUUAAGUUCCUCCACCAGCUGCCCCAGUCCUCCUCCUGCGCACACCCCAGACCCGGUUACCACAGGGACCAGUCGGUUCACAGCCUGGUGACCCCGUGGUCCCCCUCACCUCCAGUCUCCGCCAGCCUCAAGUCGUUGCUGUUCCCCUCAUAGGUGAAGAGUGCCCUGGAAGCAGCAGCCAUCAGUGUGAGUUCACCGACAUGUUGGUUCAGACUCAGCAGCAGCUAGUGAAGUGAGCCAGAGAGACUCAGAGAGACACGUCAGACCUGUCGGGGAGGAGAGAACCUGCUGGGUCGCAUUCCCAACUCACCUGCCCGGAACUCUGCACACACCUGGGACUGGAGCUCUCCUCCUCUGUUGGUUGCAAAGUGAGGGACCGAGACUGGGGAUCAGUACUUCGCUCUAAUUGCCUGGAAAAGGAGAAUCUCGACCACCAUGAGGACUUUCUGGCUCCAGCUGAUGUUCGUCCAGCAGGUGACCAGUUCAGGAGCAAGACAACACUCACUCUGGGUUUUGGCUACCUGUGUAUUCGGGCCCUCAAAGCUGCCUGAGUUUAGUGGUGUGCUGCUGCUGGACGACCUCCAGGUGGCGUACUACGACUCCACGCUGGACCAUCCGGUCACCAACAGCAGGGACAGGACGCCACUGGACCUGGGUCAGAGCGCCAUGGGGAUUGUUCAAGUCAUGCAUUUUGGCAUGAGAGACCGAAUAGCUUUCUCCAAGCACCGCUUCAACCAGACCAAAGGCCUCCACGUCCUGCAGAAACUAGCCGGCUGUGAGAUCCAGGACGGACAGCCGACGUUUGUCAUGUCACGAAACAGUUAUGAUGGACAGGACAUCGACAGUCAGAUGUUCAACACGACCCACUUCUCCUACACAACCAGAGAAGGCUGGGAGAACCGGUGGACUGCAGCCAAGUGGCAGAUCGAACAAACCCUCUAUCAUCACUUCUACCUCUCGACAUGUGCCUCGGCCCUGAAGCAGCUGCUGGAGCAGAAGAAGAACCUGGUGACCCGUCGAGUCCGGCCAAGACUACGCGUCUUCUCCAGACAGGGGAAGGGCGGAGCCCUGCUCACCUGUCUGGCCACGGACUUCUACCCUUGCCACAUCAACCUGACCCUGCUCCGGGACGGACAGCAGGUGGAGGAGGAUCAGCUGAGCACCGGGCCGGUGCUGCCCAACGGCAACGGCCUGUACCAGGUGCGGAAGACGCUGGUUCUGACGGAGCAAGAGCUGCAGCGCAAACAUAACUACACCUGCACCGCCGCUCACCUGAGCCUGGACAACCGGCUGCAGGUGAGCUGGAGGGCAGAGUCCUUCCACUCCCUCCGGGCACGCUUGGUCUCGCCGCUCGUCAUGGUGGUCCUGGUUCUGCUGCUGGUCCUGCUUCUGGUCCUGGCCAAGUGUAGCAUACCUCAGGAGUCAGGAGCUCACACAGACUCAGUGGGGGCAGAGAGCUUUGCCAUGGUGACCAACAGUAGCUGAGCGACCACCAGGAGGCACGCCCUCGCUGGUCUUCUUCUUCCCUUCUUGCCUCCUAGCUUCCAUCUGCUCCCAUGUGAAGAUGAAUGUUCCAGUGUGACUCACAGCAGCUGUUCAAUAUUCAGAUCAAUAUUCAUAAAUGUUAUGAAUCAAUACAUGUCAGGUGUUCCGUCGAUGGGCUCCAUCACUCAUUAAAUCCCCUGGCUUCUUCUCGCACCUCCGACACCAGCUCAGGAGCUCAUUGCUCCACGUGAGUCUCACCACCUUGGCCUCCUUCUGCUGCUGCUCCUCCUUUCUCCAGCCUCUGGGGAGGACCCAAACCUCCUUCUACUCCCUUCUGCUGAAAACAUCCUGUGUUUGGGGGGAAUUCUCCAACUCAUGCGCUGAUGAAAGCAGCUUCUAUUGCUCUGAAAGCUCUCCUCAGCUGCUGAAAGCGUCAUCAUGAAUCCAGUGUACAUACAGUACAUCCAAUAAAGUCUCCAACUUUAUAUCAUGGGAAUAUGGCACAUUCUACUCACAGUAUUAUUAUUAUUGACAGCAUUGUUAAACAAGGUCAAAAUUCAGAUCUGACUUCUUCAAGGUCAGUCCUAUCCUAUAGUGCAAACAGUAACGCUCAGCUGAAGAGGUUAGUGAACUGAGGAACAGCUUCUAUGACACAGGAAGUGAAAUUUAAAGAGUUUGCUGCAGCAGGACCACAGGGCAUGUUCAGUUCCUCUCCUGAUCCUGUCCACCAGAAGCACUGCGUUGGUAGAUCCUCUAACAUGGACUCAGGUCUGCAGCCCGGAGGAGAGUCGUCUGGAGGUCAGUGACCCACUGAAACAGAACUUUGGGUUCAUGAAAGCUGAAGCUAGGGAGAACAGAAAAGACAAAAUCAAGAGUGUACUGGUUUAUUCUUCCUUGUGAGGACCAAUUAUUGGAAACACAUUUGGCAUUUGCCUAGAUCCCACAAGGUUAAGCCUCAAUUUGAGGAGUCAAAUUAUAACUGGGUUUCAGUUUGGUUCAGAGUCCUGGUUAAGGUUAGCCAUGUGUUUUGGAUGGUUAGGUUUAGGGGGAAAGGCUGGGGAAAGGGUUAUGGAUAUGAGAGGUCCUCACAAGGAUAGAGAGACACGUGUGUGUGAGGUCUUUCUGUGGCAGGUGUCCUGGGAAGGGGAUCAUCAACAGAACGCAAACACUGGGGUUUUAGGGCGGGAAAGUGGUCACCAUACGGUUCUAACCCUAACCCAGUGGUUCUUAACCUUGUUGGAGGCACCGAACCCCACCAGUUUCAUAUGCUCAUUCACCGAACCCUUCUUUAGUAAAAAAUAAAAUAUGAUUUUUUUUUUACUGGUGCACGAAAUGAAUUGUGCAUUAAUAUCACCUUGUUCAAAUAACAAAAGCAACACAGCGGACCGGUAGGAAAUCUCAGAGCAGGAUUUUCAAUGACUGUGCCCACGAACUGCAGACUAGACUGAGGGGUGGACCUCUGCGGCGGAGGCUCCACCGAACCCCUGAGACCAACUCACCGAACCCCUAGGGUUCGAUCAAACCCAGGUUACGAACCACUGCCCUAACCCAACCCAGAGUGGCAGGCGAACAAUGCAAGCUCAGCAGAAGCUUCUAGAGCAGCAGGAACCGAAACUUGGUGUGUUUCAGGACGGUACUUGUUCUGUAGUUGGUGUCCUUGAACGCAUUUAUUAUGGAGAAGACAAUCGUUUAUUAAACAGGACACGAAACAGCCACUCAAUUCUGCAUUUUGCCAAAAGUGAACGUGUGAAAAACAUUCUAUUCUGAACAUCCUGCUAUGCUUUUCGUAUGCAAGAGGAUUAGCGCUAGUGAGGAAAAAUAAUUGUGAUAAUUCUUACUUUGAUCUCAGAAUUUUGAGAUUAAAAUCAGAAUUGUCACUUUCAAGUGAUAAUUUUUCUUCACCGGCCCUAAUCCUCAGCCGUAUUUUCAACACCUGCAUGCGCUAGGAAGAGUUCUGCGAUCAGCUGGAUUGAACAGUUGUUUCAGUCGACAACAAGGCAGAAACUCAAAAGAUCCGUUGGAGGGAGACAAAGUUCGCAAAACAAAACUCAAAGGCCUGAAUUUCAAACCUGCGAUUAACAUCUAACUCCUCCCACUCACCCGCCUCUGCCUUGGUGAAGAAGGGCUUGGUUUGUGUACAAGCCACUACUUCUUGUACGUCUUGUACGUACGUCUUGUCUUCUACAAUUUAUUUAUUUAUUUUUGCCAUGGCUGGUCUGGGGCUCCAAUUUUAAAUAUGCAUUUUAAGCAUGACAUAUGUAUUCUGCACUGCUCCAACUUUCCCUUGUCACAUCACAGCUUUGGCUGUUUCAGUCUUUAUUUAUCACUGUGAUGGUGUUGAAAAAAAUCCCCUUGUAGUUUUAUCUGUCUGAUAUUGUGCUCCCUGUCUGAUGAGUGUAACAUGGUAGCGAUCUAUGAUCACGUGAACAGAGUUAACAGCUCCACCUGUUACAAGAUGACCGCCUGCUAGGCAGGGUGUAGGUGCCGAAUCUGUCCGCUUACCGAAUAUGUCCUACCUGAUGCCGAGUGGUGAUGCCACAUCUGGCAGUUGUUUUUUUUUUUCAAAUGUUAUAAUGAGGAAGAGAAAAUUGAACUGAGGGAUUUGAUGGCACUUUAAACCACAUGUGUAACAUUUCAGUUGAAGAUCCCCUCCCCUGGACACCUGCCACAGAAAGAACUCAAACACACUGGUCUCUCUCUAUCCUUCUGAGGACCUCUCAUUGCCAUGACCCAUAAAACACAUGGCUAACCUGACCAAUACAGUGAGCCAAUCACGAGGCGUUGUUCUGCAGACCAUGGAAAACAA